AUGGUCUUAUCAUCUGAAAUAAUUGAGCGCAGGCUUCGCGUUGUUGAUCAAACUUCUGAAUCAAUUCAAACCACAUCAAUGUGGAUUACACAUCAUAAGGAUUCAAUUGCUGAAAUAGUGAAAGUAUGGAAUGAGUUGUUCAAAAGUGCAAGUGAUUCUUUACAAAUAGCACUUUUUUACGUGGCUAACGAUGUUUGUCAGAAAGCUAAGAAACGUGGAGAUGCAAGUAUUCUUCUGAAUGCUUUUGCACCGCACUGGACGAGUGCUAUUUCAGUGGUUAAGUCUCUUUCUGCCAACAGGGACAAUGGGGCGGUUAUUAAAGCCAUCGAAAGAAUCCUUGAUAUUUUUGAUGAACGACAAGUAUAUUCGAAAUCGCAGCUCGACGAUAUGCGUUCGGCGCUAAUGGGCCUAAAUGAUACUGAUGAAAGUGCCUUUGAGUUUGACACAGAUGUAUUAGCAAAAUACAUCGAAGCUUAUCAAAAAGGAGAAAUGGUUAUGGAACGGGCAAGAGGUAUCCUGGCUAGAAGCGACUUUAAUUUUAAAGAGAAAAUUAAAAGUCGCAUGAAAGAUCGGCAAGAGGGAGAAAAGUUCUUAGAGGAAAUAGAGAUGGCACAGAAGAAGUUAGAGAACUUCCUUUCUACGUUAGCAAAGCAUAGGACGCGAGGGACUCAUUUGAUGGAAGUUUUGGAAGCAGGAAAACGAUUCUUCACUCUUCAGCUUCGAGAUGUAACCGUCGUUGAAGAUGCAUAUCAGAAGUUUAGCUCUGGCAUUGAUACAGUGCGUGUGGAAUUAGAAGAAAUGUUAAAAACUAGUACAUAUCCGGGAGCUUCACCUCCGCGUGAUGCACCUUCUCCGACACCUAAUGAGGAUCCUUUCGAAGCUGGGGUUGAAACGGUUUUUGAACAAUUAAGGCGACCUAAAGAGAAUACGGAGGUUACCGAUAUGGAUGUUGAGAAUGACGAUGAACACUCACUAGAUCCCAAUCAUAUUAGAUCAAACUUGCCUACCAAAACUACUGAUGAGGUUCCUGCAGCAUUACCAUUUCAAGAGGGUUUACCAAGUCCUACUACUCCCAGUAAUUCGCAUUCAAUGGAUCCAAGAAUGGCAACGCAGUCCCAUUCUGGUUCACUGGCUGGUGCACCUGCUAAUUUUGUUUCUUCAUCUUCUUCCUUUCCCAUUUCGGUUGUUCAUCCUUCCACUGUAUCUGCUCAAACGCCUGUGAUUUCAGCUCCACAGAAAAUGAUCUCUCCGUCAAGUAUUACUUCUGUAUCUAAUAUUCAGUUACCUAUGCAGUCUACUGAAAGUGCACUUUCUAUUCAUUCAUCUGUGGUUGCUGGUUCAUUGGCUUCAAAUACGGAACCACCGGCUCUGGUUAGCCCCUCAACCACGACAAAGUCGUUACCGCCUCCGGUGCAGUACCCCCCUAUGUCAGUACCACCGAACUGGAUGACAAUGCCUCCACCAAAUUUUACUGUGCCACCCAGUUUUAACAUUUCUCCGUUCCCUCCCUCAACUGCUCCAGGAGUUCCCCGACUACCAUUACUUGCUACUUCUGCCUCGUCAAGCGUGUCUCCAGAACAGCCGACCACUGUACCAUUGAAACAAGGGAAUUUUGCGGCAUCUGCCAGGUUCCCUCUUUUGACUACAACAUCUCAGGUAGGAGUGGGAACAACUACUUCACCUUCUUCAUCAAAUGGUGUUACUCCACUACCGGGUGUCUCAUUCCCGUCUAUCCCUUUGCCUGCUUUUAUGCCAUCUGUGACAGGUCAGCAGCUUCCAUCUCCUGAUGGCAGCAGUUCUUAUCCGACAACUCCAGCUUCUUCAGCGUCUGAUAAUUGUGGUUCAAAUACAUUUGGUCCAAAUCCGGCUUCCACUAGUCCCGACAGGAGAAGAAAUUCGUCUUCCAGUUCUUCAAGAGGUUUUGAUGAUAGGCAUAGGUCAAAGUAUGAGGGUUUUAGGGGCUACAGUAACUUUCAGGACCAACCUUAUGACCGUUCUGUAGAUAGAAGGUAUUCACAUGGAGAUCGAGGUUUUAACCACGGCAGGAAUGACCGUAGACGUUACAGUAAAUUUGAAUCUGAAUACGCUAGUGGGAACAGGGAUAGACGAUAG